AUGAAGUUCUUCCUUUGUCGAAUCGCACUUCUGUGUUCCCUCCUCGCCUUGCCCGUCCAAUCCUUUGGCGGCGUGGAUGCCUUUUUCAGGACGUCUCCCUAUGCAGCCGCCGCCAUGGUCUGCGGCAUGAAGGGUGUGUGCGCCGACUUUGUCGCACAAAAGCAUCAAUUCAAGAAGAACCGGGAAAAUGGCGACGACAUGGUCGUGAAAAUGAAUCGGGACGGAUCGCUCGUUACCAAGCUUGUCCAGAAGAUUGAUUUGAAACGAUCUGCGGCCUUUUUGAUUUACGGGGCUCUCUAUCAAGGCCUGGUCCUGGAAUAUAGUUACAAUCACAUUUACCCCAGAUUGUUUGGUCCUGGUCAGGACGUUCUGUCCGUUCUUCGGAAAGUUUCCUUUGACAUGUUCUUUCAGUCUCCCUGUUUGACACUCCCAUCUGCCUAUAUCAGCAAGGCAUUUGUCUUUGGGAAUCCCAUCGGUGGGGCUGUUAGAAAAUAUGUUGACGAUGUCAUCAAACAAAAGUUAUUGCUCAAGUACUAUGUGGUUUGGGUCCCAGUCAUGUUCUUUGCAUUUGGAGUGGUUCCAGAUCGCUUUCGCGUCACCUUUUGUGCCUCGGUCUCCUUCUUUUGGAUGAUGCUCCUGUCGGCGAUUGCCAACAACAGCGGAGAGGAGUCUUCGUCGUCAUCAUCGUCGUCGUUGUCCAAAAACAGCAUCAAGGCAAAGAAACAGUAA